AUGGGAGCCGUAAGGGUUUUCAGAAAAAUUGUACGAAAAUUGAAAAGGGCUGUUAGCCCAAAAGUGAUGAAAGAGAACUCAGCCGCCUCCAACCAAAACUCAGGAAACCACACGCGAGGAGUGAACAAUAAUUUACUCGGUGAACUUGAGGCACUCAAUCAGUCGAAUAGGAUUGAUCAGUGGUGGUUAACAGAGGAAGAGAGAAUCAUGUCGGACCUACGGAAAAUUGGAAAAACAAGCAAUUAA